UUUUGUUUAUCAAUAUUCAAAAAAGUGUGGUUUAGUCGAUAAAGCGACAUUAUUUCCUAGCAUACAAAAAUUGCGAACUACAAUAAUGACUGAAUCUCAGAAAUCACAGUUUGAGGCGAACCCUCGUGCGUUUCUUGAGCAGCACAUCACCGCUUUACAAAGCGAGUCAAAGAUGACUCGAAAACAGGCCCUGCUUAAGAUCAACGAAGAGAUAUUCGAGAACCCGGAGCACAAAGAUUGCGACUUAACUGUCGUAUUCCCAGAGGUCUAUGCUUACGUCUUGAAGAGUUUCGCUGAUUCUUCUGAGGCUUGUCGAGAGACUGCAGUGGCAAUAAUAUCUAACUUCAUUGGCCGGUUACCGCUGAACGAUUAUUAUUUAACGUACAUUUUACCAGUUGUAGUCCGUCGGAUUGGUUGUCCGGAGAUCGUAGAGGAAUCUGAAGAGAUUCGUUUAAUCUUAGUAGAGCUAGUUCACCAGAUAAUUGUGAAAUAUAAUGUGACGCACCUCCUGAGUCCCUUCAUUAAUGAUUUCACAAGCAUCCUCACGAAGACCAGCACGGACCCGUUCCCGAAGGUGAAGCUGGAGGCCUGCGAGUGCAUCAUUCUGCUGUCCAGGUCCCUGGCUCGGGACUUCCAUUUCCAGAGUGAGAGCUAUGUCAAACCAGUGCUGUCUAACUUUGCUCAUCAACAUUAUAAGGUUCGGGUGGCGUCAAUUAAGGCUAUUGGAGCUAUAGUAAUAGCUGGCAACGCAAAGUGCUUUGAGCUGUCCAUCACUCCGAUGGCCGAGAAGCUGUUUGAUGAGAACAACCAGGUCCGACUGGCGGUCACGCAGGAGGUUGGCAACUGGAUGCUGAACUACCGGGACCGGUACUCGUUCUGGCAUCGCAUGAUUCCUCUGCUAUUGACCAGCAUGAGUGAUAUAAUAGAAAACAUCAGAGAAAUAGCCGCUAAACUGUGGACCGACAUCGGCCUUCAGUACAUGGAAGAAAACGAGGAGGAUCUCAAGAAAAGAACGGACUUUCUUAAGGACGUGCCGUCACACUACCCCGACGUGAAGAGACCCAAUUUGGGCUGCAGGCAGCUGGUGCAGAGCAAUAUUGGGAAGAUUGUGCCUGCUAUUGGAAGAGAAAUGGAGGGCUGGCAGGCAGACGCACGUCUCCGCGUAGCCCAGUUACUGUGCUGGCUUGUACUAUGCGCUGAAGAAGGAUCCACACAACACGCCAACACCAUUGUGCGGACGCUACACCGCGGGGCUAGUGACGAUGAUGACCGAGUUAUUCUAGAGGUAAAACGCGCUGCGGAGCUAUUCGGCUACUUCAUCAGCCCCGACACCUGGUGGCCCCUACUGGAGGCCGAGAUGGACUCGUGGGGGGCUCUUAUCGUUCUUGCGAAUAUCAUUAAAGGCUCCCAAGCGGAACUGGUGCUGCCGAAAUUGAAAGACAUAUUCAAGGAGCUGGCUGAUCCGGACAGAUGUAGGGUUAGAAAGGAAAAAUACCAAAGAGGCCUCCUCUACGUGUCGGAAGCGGUGCUGGAUCUUUGCGGCGAGGGCUGCCAACGAGUGGCAGAGGAGUUGUUUACCAUCAACUUCACCGUCUACGCAAUGCCAGUGGAUGAUAAGGCUCAGUUCAUGGCCCUAUCCAACCUGGACAAGCUCCGUUUCGCAGAGAAUUGCGGGCGUACCCUCACCACGCUGUACGAGAAGCAUAUUCGCCACAUCCUGGCCGCCAUCACCUCGGACGCCCUGACUUGGACGCUGCUGACGCCAGACAGGUGUCUUCUGGAAUGCGUGCUGAUUAACACUGGUUCAGCCAUGUCGUCCAACCUGCACCUAAUAGCCCCCCUCCUGAAGGAAUGCCUCGCGACCCCCAAAGUGGACCCCGAGGUCAAGCUGAAGAUGUUCACCGCUCUCUCCACCACGCUGUUGCGGCGACAGGACAACUUUAGCAAGUGCAGCGGCGACAUACUUGAGGCUUUCUUGAAAAUUAUCAUUGAAGAGGUGAUUUUGGUGAAUUUGGUAUGGGAACCAGGCCGCACUGCAGAAGCAAUUCGCACGGCCGCUAUAGCAUGUCUGUGUUCAGCAUUACAAGAGAACCCACGCAACGAGUUGGAGACAGAGAGCGGGGCCGACGGAGACAAGCAGGACAAGGACAAGGCAAUAAAUCUAUUCCCAACAAAAGAGUCCCUAGAGCCAUUCUUAGAGCAAAUAGUCCCGUUGCUCAACAGUUUACUGGAUGACAACUCGGCACUGACUAGACAACAUACCCUGCGAGCCACCUGCUGUCUAGCCACGAUGGCAACUCGACGGGGUUGCUUCACUGCUGAAAUAUUACAUAAGUUGUACUUUGGAGUGUUGAAACGUCUCGACGACAGCAACGACAAAGUCCGUUCCUUCGCCGUCCAAACUCUCACCACGUUGUUCAAAAACCGCCCUGUCCCGUACGACACCAUACUGUACAACGCACACAUCGAUGCCAUGUACAGCGCCAUGCUUAUACACCUUGACGACACCUCCGAGGAGUUCCGCAAGGAGAUGCUAGAUGCCCUGAUCACGCUUAGUGCCGUUGACCCACCGCUCCUCAUGAAAAAAGUGAAAGCAAAUAUUCAGCUGUACAGAAAUAAAGCAGCCUAUGAACGGCUGUCUAGCCAUAUUGAGAAGAUAUUGAAGUCUUAGCAUAAUUUAUAUAUUAAGUUUUAUCGUAAAAGUCAAUUUC